UUUCACGCGAGUGAUGAAAAGCGAAGCAGUAAAUCUUUACAGAAAUCUGUUUCAUGUGUGUUGCCAGCUGCUGUGUUCAUAAUUGGGUGGGGAUGAUGCUCAGGGAUGCGCUUCCUACACUGCGCUUUAACACCUCAAACCACGUGACCACCAGGAGCACAAUGCCCAGCCUUAUAACAGCGCGCGCUCUCCUAAACAAACUCACACCUCGCCGGCUGCUCGUCUGGCUUUACUCACGGUGAUUUUCUGACGAGUCCGCGCGGGAUUAUUCACCUGGUAAAUCAUCACAAUAACAACAACUUCACGAUCACUUGCAGCGUUAGACUUGAGUUAGUCUCCAAUUUUCUUCUCUCUCUCUCUCUCUCUCUCUUUUUUUUUUUUUUUCCUUCUUGGUUAAAACUUAAAUUAUUUUUCUACUUAAUGGAUCGGUGCGGGACCUUGGUCGAGAAAAAAUGAAGAUGUCCCUUUGUAUGUGUCUAAUGCUGCUAGACCACCUGCCCGUCUACUGAGCAUUUCUGCAGCCCCAGACCAGCCAUGAAGCUGGCUUUGCACCAGAUAGCAGGCACCGCAAUGAGCACACUAACAACAGGUGUCCAGUAUCUCGGCUCCAACGAUGCCAGCUACAACAACCCCUACAUCGACUCCAGUCUGGUUAAGAAUGGAUUCCACUUUGAGAAACCUCACUCUGCCUCCAUCAGUAGCUCCUUCCCUGAGCUCAUCCCUGGAAAUAAGGAGACCAUUUAUACUGUCCUAUCCCCCAUUUUCCCCACCAACAUGUCAGACUUUAUGCUUGGUAAUGCUACUUCUGUGGAGAGCGGAGGAGCCACACAGUGUGCCGAGAACUUUGUGGACAACCUCGAGUGCUUUAUGAUCCUCACUCCCAGUCAACAGCUUGCAAUUGCCAUCUUAGCCCUCACCCUGGGUACGUUUACAGUGCUGGAAAACCUCAUGGUGCUGUGUGUGAUUCUGCACUCCCAGGCGCUUCGAUCUCGGCCUUCAUACCACUUCAUAGGCAGCCUAGCUGUGGCUGAUCUGAUAGGGAGCAUCAUUUUUGUGUACAGCUUCUUGGACUUUCACGUCCUCCACAGAAAGGACAGCCCUAAUAUUUUCCUUUUUAAGCUGGCUGGGGUUAUUGCUUCCUUCACUGCCUCUGUGGGCAGUCUGUUCCUCACUGCUAUUGACCGCUAUAUCUCCAUCCACAAGCCCAUGGCAUACAAACGCAUUGUCACAAAGACUAAAGCAGUCAUUGCCUUCAGUCUGAUGUGGACAAUCUCCAUCAUCAUCUCACUGCUCCCACUGCUGGGCUGGAACUGUAAGCGUCUCGGAUCGGUCUGCUCAGAUAUUUUCCCUCUCAUAGACCAGAAGUACUUGAUGUUCUGGAUUGGGAUGACAAGCGUUUUGGUCUUGUUUAUCAUCUACGCCUACAUGUUCAUCCUCUGGAAAUCCCACCACCAUGCUGUCCGCAUGCUGAGCCGCAGCUCCCAAAGAAGUGUGAUUGUGUACACAGCAGAUGGGACCAAGGUGCAGACAGUGAGGCCUGAGCAGGCCCGCAUGGACCUCCGUCUGGCUAAAACCCUGGUCAUGAUCCUGGUGGCUCUCAUCAUCUGCUGGGGUCCACUUCUAGCUAUCAUGGUUUAUGACCUCUUUGGGAAGGUGAACGACUUCAUCAAGACUGUAUUUGCCUUUUGCAGCAUGUUGUGCUUGCUCAACUCCACGGUGAACCCUGUGAUUUAUGCCAUGAGGAGCAAGGACCUGCGAAGAGCCUUCCUCAACAUCUGCCAUAUGUGGAGGGGCACAACUCAGCCUUUGGACUACAGUGCUGAGAGCGACUGGAAUAUCAGGAGUGUGAGAGCUACAGCCGGUGGGGCGGGGAAGGAUGGAGGAAGCUGUGGAAAGACACGAGUGAAAGUAGCCAAGGUUACAGUUUCUGGAGGAACUGAGACUUCUACUGCAGAGCCGGUCUAAAAUGAAAAGGCAGACUGAGCUGGUACUACUGUGAAGUAUGGAUGGUGGGGAAUGCAUCUUUAAAAUGUGCCAGAAAUUACUAAGUGUCAGAACUGAAAAACUAUUUUAGUUGUAGUUCUUUUAAAAAGAUGUAACCUGAAGUAUAAAAUCUGUACUCCCUGUAUGGUGGAGUGAGAUGGCCCAACAGUUAUAUCAGUGUUAUUAUCAGAAUGUCUUUCAUAAUACUGUACAAGAUGUACUCUAUUUGCAUCUUAAAAGCAUUUUGCUUAAGGGCACUUUUCCUAUGACUGUCACAGACAGUUUCAUGCUGAGACAUUUUUGCUUUUGUUUGAACUGCUGAAAGGAUAAAUUUCUGCUUUGUAAAGACAAAAUAAUGUCAUUUCUUGUUGUGUUUUCAUUUUUACUUGAUAUAGCAAUAUUGUGUCAGCAAUUCAAAGUGAAAAUCUGCCUACAGAAAUACAAAAUAUCAGUUCUGAAUGUCUUGAAACACUCCUAGUAUAUCUAAGCUCUCAUUAGUCAUUAGAAAUUGACUAUUAGUAGAUAACCGAAGAGCAUGAUACUGUUAAGUUCAGCAGUUGUUCAUUUUUAUUAAAUUUUGCUGUGUGUAUGUAUUUAUUUACUUAUUUAUUUAAUUUUGCAAAGCAAAAUGGUGAGUUGUGUUUUGAAAUACUGAAUGGGUUUUUGAUCAAAUCCAAACUUUAAUGGGAUAUAAUCAGACAUUAUUGCUUAAGGUUUAUUAUUAUUUAUUUAUUUUCAUAUGUUUCAAAAGCAAUUACAACAUUUUGUGUAAAGCCAUAAACUUCUGAAACAUCUAUUGUGCCAUCUUUGUGCGAUAAUGAAGUGUGCAACAAAGACAUGUUCUCGAUAGAAACGUGAAAUUUGUCUAUUUUUUAUCAUAAUUUUGUCCUCAUGUUCAGUAUCUUUUUUAUAAUAAAAUGACAAAAGCAG